CAUUAAGCCAACGGCACUCCGCCCGUUGGAAACGUCGCCUCUCCUCGCACUCACUUGAUCCUCCCUCCAAACUCUCGUCUCCCCCGAACUCGCCAUUGGCGCCGCGAGCUAUUGCCCUCGGAUUGGGUCUCUGGUUGGAUCUCGAUGGAAGGGCACAGCGCGGUGACCGGCUUCGAGAUGGCCGUCGUGGUGCCCAAGAAAAGGGAGAAGGAGAGAGAUGACACCGCUGACUGCGUCGAAUUCCUUGUUCGGGAGUUGAAGAGGGCAGGGUUGAUCGUCGAGAGGGUGUUUGGGAUUUCCGAUGAGUUCAUAAAGCUUGCAGCACCAGUAGAAAUUUUGGGGAGAGUUGCAGCUGAGUUGCAAAUGAAAAAGUUAACAUACAUCGGGAUAGAGUUGCAGUUCGAAUGGGAUGAAGUUACUGCAUUUGUUAGGCAGCCAGAUGGAUCUUUGUUCAGCUGGUGUGAGCGGUUUCGCUGUUUUCAGCACUUGAUUUAUGGAAUUGUGAAUAAAACAGAUUCAGACAUGAUGCUUUUGUUUGAUGGAAAAGAGUUUCAAUUUCGAAGAAAUGAAUCAUUACUGAAAAUGAUGGAAACUGAAGAGGUUGUCAAGCAAGUUUUUCCUACACAUGAUGAAGUGAAAAGGAAACAGCUCUUGAGAACUUGGGCACUUAACUGGUUGGACUUCACAUGGCAACCAAUAGAUGAAAUUUAUGCAUAUUUUGGGACAAAGAUUGCUACAUAUUUUGCUUUCCUUAGUAUGUAUACACGGUGGCUGUUCUUUCCAGCUGCACUGGGUCUUGCCUUGCAGUUGGUUGAUAUUGGACCCUUGCAGCCACUGGUGCUUCCUGCUUUCUUCAUUUUCGUUGUCACAUGGGCUGUCUUUUUCUUCCAGUUCUGGAAGCGCAAGAAUUCAGCACUUCUAGCCAGAUGGGGCAUUAACUAUACACUGUCCGAGUACAAAGCUGUACAGAUAGCACAGAGUUCCUUCUUACAUGUUCAUGACAAAUGUGAAAAGAAAUUUGGAGAUGAACCAAUAGAGAAGAAAAUAUUACAAAGAGAUGAGUGGCUUGGACUUCUUCUACGAAUAAGAAAUAAUGCCAUCAUAGUGUUGGCUAUCAUUUGCCUUCAGUUACCAUUUGAAUUGGCUUAUGCUCAUUUGUAUGAGGUCACUGAGUCUGAUGUAUUGAAGUAUGCACUGACUGCUGCUUAUCUUUUGGCAAUUCAAUACUAUACGAGGAUUGGUGGCAAAGUAUCAGUUAUUCUCAUUAAAUAUGAAAAAGAUCAAGGAGAGGAAUCUAGUGCUGCCAGUUUGGUUUACAAGGUUUUUGGACUUUAUUUCAUGCAAUCAUAUAUUGGACUGUUUUAUCAUGCCUUAUCGCAUCGAAAUCUAUUGACUCUUCGCCAGGUCCUAAUUCAGCGAUUGGUUGUCUCUCAGGCAUGCUGCAGUCUGCAAAUAUUUCUUGUUCUGGAAAACAUGAUCGAGAACUCCAUCCCUUACCUCAAGUACAGCUACAAAAAGUACAAAGCUUUUCACAAGAAAAAGCAUGAGAAGGGGUCUUCAGAAAAAAUGGUUCACCUGGUUACAAGGGUGGAAAAAGAGUAUUUGAAGCCUUCCUACACUGCAAGCAUAGGCGAAGAGCUUGAAGAUGGCUUAUUUGAUGAUUUUUUGGAGUUGGCUUUGCAGUUUGGAAUGAUCAUGAUGUUCGCAUGUGCAUUCCCCCUCGUCUUCUGCUUUGCUACUCUAAAUAAUGUCACUGAAAUUAGAGCAGAUGCUUUGAAACUUCUUGUUAUGUUGCGGAGACCAAUACCCCGUGCUGCAGCAACAAUUGGAGCAUGGUUGAACAUUUUCCAGUUUCUGAUUAUAAUGGCAAUCUGCACCAACUGUGUGUUGCUGAUUUGCUUAUAUGAUCAAGAAGGCAAGUGGAGGAUUGAACCUGGGCUGGCAGCUAUCCUCGUAAUCGAGCAUGCUCUUCUUCUAAUUAAAUUUGGGUUCUCCCAUUUUGUGCCCGAGGAGCCGGCUUGGGUGAGAGCAAAUCGAAUGAGAACUGUAGCUCAGGCAAGGGAUGUGUUCUCAAAGCAGCUCUUGAGGAGCAUCUCCAACAUAGAAAGGAAACAUUUAUGAGGAUAGUAGAAAGCGCUGCAAGUUUUGUAGAUCAUGUCGUGGCCCUUCCUAACUUCCCCAUCUGUAGUUUUCAAGAGGAUUAUGAGAAGAUCUUUACCUGUUCUUUUUCUUGGUUUCCAUAUUUCUGCUUCUUGCUGGUGCCUUGCAUCUUUUGUUGUCUACUGUACUUGAGUGACAGAAACAUUGAUACCGGUGAAAAGAUGUUUUCUCUCCAUCAUUUCGAGAUUUUUGGCAUGCAUGCUAAACAAGAAUGCAUCUGAAGCAGGGCUAACAAUACAAAUAGAGAUUCUCUCUGUUUAACAGGUAGUAUGGAUGGAUAACUAAAGAGGCGGAUGAGGAUGCCAUAGAUAAAUACAGAAUUCAUGGGAUUCUCAUGAAAAUCAAAUAAGAGGUGCAACGCGUGCACGGAGCUGAAAAUUUUAUGAAGAGCUCAUUAUUAUUCUGAUGAUUGAGAAGUGGUGUUCUGCCACCACCACCACCAUAUGAAUCUUGCUGGUGUCGGAGGGAUAGAAAUAUUUAUACAAUGAAUGAUUAUUUAUUUACCUUGUUUCAUUGACAGAAUCAUCAUUGCAGAUGGCACUGAAGCUCAGCUGGCGAGCGUAAGUGACGACUGCCUUGGCCCACCUCUUGAUUUCAUUCUUGAGCUUCUCCGGGUCAAGGUCCUUGAGAGUGCCAGCCUCCACGACGAGCUCGAGGGCAGUGAAACACUGGUCAGAAGUCACAAUCUUGGGAGGCUCUUUCUCUGUUGUGCCAGUUAGAUCCAGGUUGCAGCUCAAUGAUUUAUACCAAAACAGUUUGAUUCCCUGGAAUUAACGUGAAGGAUGGAAACUGAAAGUUGCUGCCUUGAACGGUGAACUUCUCUACACGUUUUGGUUGGAUAGAAGGUGCUUCUAAUAACUUGGAGACUUGGUUUCUAAGCCACAGUUUUGAAUUGGUCCACCGAAGGAAUAAAACUGCAUGCACACUGUAAAGAUUUGUAGAAGUUGAAUUAUUCUGCUCCAUUGAAUUUCUCCAAAUUUGUAACUUGUCUUCUCUUCCAUGCUAAAAAUUCCCUGGCUGUCUCA